GCCCCACAGAGCUCCGGACCAAUGGCCGCCUGGGCAUCGGGAGGCCUUAAGGGGCAGCGUGCGCAUUGCAGGGGGUCAGCAGUUGGGCGCGCGGCGGCAGCAGGUCGGUUGAGGUGUGGUAGCAGAGCCCAGCAGCGGCGGAGUUCACCAUGCGCGAGUGCAUUUCUAUCCACGUGGGACAGGCCGGUGUCCAGAUCGGCAAUGCCUGCUGGGAACUAUACUGCCUUGAACAUGGAAUUCAGCCUGACGGGCAAAUGCCAAGUGACAAAACCAUUGGUGGUGGGGACGACUCGUUCAACACGUUCUUCAGCGAGACUGGGGCUGGCAAGCAUGUGCCCAGGGCAGUGUUUGUGGACCUGGAGCCCACCGUGGUGGAUGAAGUGCGCACGGGGACCUACAGGCAGCUCUUCCACCCAGAGCAGCUGAUCACCGGGAAGGAAGAUGCAGCCAACAAUUACGCCAGAGGCCAUUACACCAUCGGCAAGGAGAUUGUGGACCUGGUCCUGGACCGGAUCCGUAAACUGGCGGAUCUGUGCACGGGGCUGCAGGGCUUCCUCAUCUUCCACAGCUUCGGGGGCGGCACCGGCUCUGGCUUCGCGUCUCUGCUGAUGGAACGGCUCUCGGUGGACUACGGCAAGAAGUCCAAGCUGGAAUUCGCCAUUUACCCAGCCCCGCAGGUGUCCACGGCCGUGGUGGAGCCCUACAACUCCAUCCUGACAACCCACACGACCCUGGAACAUUCCGACUGUGCCUUCAUGGUGGACAACGAAGCCAUCUACGACAUAUGUCGGCGCAACCUGGACAUCGAGCGGCCCACGUACACCAACCUCAAUCGUCUGAUCGGGCAGAUCGUGUCCUCCAUCACGGCCUCCCUGCGCUUCGACGGGGCCCUGAACGUGGACUUGACGGAAUUCCAGACCAACCUGGUGCCGUACCCCCGCAUCCACUUCCCCCUGGCCACCUACGCCCCGGUCAUCUCGGCCGAGAAGGCCUACCACGAGCAGCUGUCCGUGGCCGAGAUCACCAACGCCUGCUUCGAGCCGGCCAACCAGAUGGUCAAGUGCGACCCUCGGCACGGCAAGUACAUGGCCUGCUGCAUGUUGUACCGCGGGGACGUGGUCCCGAAAGACGUCAACGCGGCCAUCGCCACCAUCAAGACCAAGCGCACCAUCCAGUUUGUGGAUUGGUGCCCAACGGGGUUCAAGGUGGGCAUCAACUACCAGCCCCCCACCGUUGUCCCAGGGGGAGACCUGGCCAAAGUGCAGAGGGCUGUGUGCAUGCUGAGCAACACCACCGCCAUCGCCGAGGCCUGGGCCCGCCUGGACCAUAAGUUCGAUCUCAUGUAUGCAAAGCGAGCCUUUGUGCACUGGUACGUGGGGGAGGGCAUGGAGGAAGGGGAGUUCUCCGAGGCCCGGGAGGACCUGGCAGCUCUGGAGAAAGAUUAUGAAGAAGUGGGCGUGGAUUCCGUGGAAGCGGAGGCUGAAGAAGGAGAAGAAUACUGAGUGGGAGAGUUGUGCUGGCGCCCAUCCCUUUGUGUUACCCCCACUAUAACUGUUACAUGAUACGUUUGCCUAUUAAAGUUUCUGUAUUGAUGCAUCAUUUGUCCCUUGUUCUGCACUUUGUGACAAAAUUUCACAUCCAGAUACCUGCCUUUUUCCAAGUGGGUUUCUAGGGGAAAAAUGUUUCCAUUUUAAUUUGUUUUUUGA